AUGUCGAGGUCUCACCAUCUUUGCGGCCCGGACUGGAGACCAGUGGGCAAUACCAAUGCCACACGUGCCGUUGUCACGGACCUCACUAUCAACUUCUGCACUUUGCCUGAGGCAGAAGCUGAAUUCGCCCGGGACUCAUCGGUUUCAAAAUGGCGGCGGAUCAACAAAGAUCUUUACCUACACUCGACCCCGCAGAACGCCGUGGCUUGGCUGCUGGUAGCUGAGGCACAGGAGGGAGAACUGAAGAGUGACGACCUGGUCGUAACAGACAUCAGGACUGGAGAAAUUUGCCCGUGCGACAAGCACGACGGCUCUAGUUCUUCAGAAAAAUAUCCUACUGCUACCCUCAAGACCACAACGACUCGGAAAUCGUGGGAGAGCCGGCCCGGUGGCAUCCAAGUGGCGAGAACAAAGUACAGCGACAUUAUUCACCACGGCCAGUGCAAGGGCGAUUCCCAGGCUCAGUCCCCGGCUGCCCUCCCUGUGACUGGCGUCGAUGUUCUCUUUGGCGUAGAUGCUGUCGACCCACGACCGCACUGGACGCUCCUGGAACACCCGCUUCAACUGCCCGACGUCAAGCCAGACGUGCCCGUCCCGAGACUGACAGUACAACACUCCCCGUCCAACAAAGAUCCGCGCGAACCCGUGACGCCCCCAUGGGAGCCCCUUCGGGCCAGGGAGGAUGGAACUUUCAAGAUUGUCCAAAUUUCCGACACGCACAUGGUAACAGGCCCCGGCGUGUGUGAUGACGCCGUCGACGCCAAUGGUAAACCUCUACCGCGACAGGUGGCCGACCCGCUCUCCAUAGCCUUCCUCGGCGGGAUCCUCGAUCUCGAGAAGCCUGACCUGGUCAUCCUGACGGGCGACCAGCUGCAUCACGACAUACCGGACAGCCAGUCCGCGCUUCUUAAAGUGGUUAGUCCACUAAUUGCUCGCCAAAUUCCGUUUGCUGCUGUCUUCGGUAACCAUGAUUCAGAGGGUGCAUAUGCCUUAUCGCGCGAGGCGCAGAUGUCGAUUCUGGAGGACCUGCCGUUCAGUCUUUGCCAGCCUGGACCAGACGACGUUGAAGGCGUAGGCAACUACUACCUCUCGGUGCUCCCCCAUUCCGGCAAUGAGGGGUCCGGGUCUGAAGCCGGCGUGGCGACUUUGUACUUGGUCGACUCUCACGGCCAGAUACCAAGCGACGUUAAGAACCCGGACUACGACGCCAUUCAGCAGAGUCAGAUCGACUGGUUCACAAACACGUCGCAGUCGCUGCGAAGGGCGCGCAUGGGAGGUAGAUCUGAGAAUAGGGACGGCCCCCCUCACUUGUCUCUUGUUUUCAUCCAUAUCCCACUUCCCGAGUAUGAGGACGAUAAACUCGUCACAACGGGAGGGCUUCGAAGAGAACCGACUGAGGGCCCAAGCUUCAACUCACACUUCUAUGACGCUCUGUCCGAGGAGGGCGUCUUGGCUGUAAGCUGUGGCCAUGACCAUGUCAACGAUUUCUGCGGUGUACUUCCCGGGGAGUCAAAUGGUGAUCAGUCCUCGGCUGCUCAGCUCGGUCCCUGGUUGUGCUACGGGGGUGGGAGCGGGUUCGGAGGGUACUGCUCAUAUGGCGAAAACCGUUAUUACCGGCGGGCACGUGUCUGGGAGCUGGAAACGGGGAAAGGGGGCAUAAAAACCUGGAAAAGGGUCGAAUAUACUCCGGACAGGGUUGAUGAGCUGCUGCUGGUCGAAGGAGGCAGUGUGGUCGACCCACGAGCGUCUCUGGACACACGCAAAGGACCAUUUAGGACGGUUGGUCAAGCCGAGUUAUGA